UAAGGUCGUGGUGGCACGCGCCCGCAAGGCGUAGAAGAAGAAGAACUGACCCAGCUGCGAACGCUCUUGCAACGCUCCUCGGACCUGCCUUCGCUUCCCGUUGCUUGACCAGGUUUUUGGUGGUGGAGACCGAGAUCACAGCCACCACGGCUACCCCGGUUAAAAACGAGUCGGUGACGGCGUCGGAUGAAGCCGAUACCAUGAAGGCUGGUGUCCUGCCCGGCGACGUGACUACGCCCACUCUAGUAGGGGGCGGGGCACCCCCGCAGCAGGCACUAGUGUUCUCACCGGCUGAUGUGCCACUGCCCAAGUCCGGGGUGCCGCGAGCCAUUCUGACUUGUCGGCCUAACUCGCACCCAUUUCCGGAGCGAGGGCUCAACCUUGACCAGCCUGCCAAGGUUGGCCGUUCAGUGGCCCGGUGCCGACAGCCACCCAACAAAGCCAUUUUCGACUGCAAGGUGCUCUCGCGAAACCAUGCCCGUCUUUGGUAUGAAAAUGGGAAAUUUUAUCUGCAAGACACCAAAAGCAGCAAUGAUAGUUUCGUCAACAACCAGCGCCUCAGCAAAGGUUCUGAGGAGUCGCCGGCACAGGAAGUCUGCUCCGGUGACAUUGUACAGCUCGGUGUUGAUGUGGUGGAAAACUCUAGGAAAGACAUGUUCCAGAGACGACUAGGUGGACCCCAUUUAGGACGAGCGGGCCAUCGCGGCGUACCACUACCGCAACAACCAGUGGCAGUCCUUCCUUACGCCCGACAGCAUCACCAAGAUGAUGCAACUUGCCCUCAAAGUAAACCUGAGCGUGUGCGUAGCGGCCUACUGCGUGGACUACGAGGAUUAUCAUGGCCUGUGCAAGAAGAGCGAGACGUUCCCGCGACUUACGGCUGUGCGACACGUACUCGAUCAAGUCAGGAAGCGCUGACCGCCAUCCGUUACCCAACCACACCACAUCAUUCAUCACUGGCAAUCCUUGAAAUUAUAUUACAUUAAAUCGAUCUCGUGUUUAUCCAA